AUGAAGCACUGGAGUGUCUGGACCGACGGUUCUUGUCCGAACAACGGGCGGUACGGCUGCAUGGCCGGAUGGGCGAUGUACUUCGGCGACAGUUCGUAAACAGAUAUAUUUUUUUCAAUUUUCAAAAGAUCUUCUCAGAUGACGAUCGGAACAGAAGCGGCGGAAUUUACGGGACUCAGACGAACAACAAGGCCGAGUUGGUCGCCGUCAAAAUGGCCAUUCAACUUGUGAGCAUAAUUCGAACUAUUUGCAAAAAAUAAAUAGAACUAUUAUUCAGGCCCGGGAGAAUCGAGUCCGCUGUCUGACAAUCCACACGGAUUCUCAGUACGUGAUCAAUUGCCUCGACAAGUACAUUUCCGUCUGGAAACAGAACGGUUGGAAUAAUGCGAACAACCGCCCGGUUUCCAACCAGCGGCUCAUCCAAUACAUUGAUGUAUUGAGAAGAGAUUUCAAAGUGAGCAAGUUCACAUUGCAGAAACACUUACUUUUAUUUUCAGUAUAUCGAAUUCAAGCACGUGUACGGACACCAGGGCAAUCACGGCAACGAAAUGGCCGAUAAGAUGGCACGGAGAGCCGCUGAGUCACGCCGUCGCGCCUUCUUGAUGCGCCGCUAA